GGUUUUUGGAAGCACCGAAGAAGGAGAUUUCCCAACGUUAUCGUCGACACGGGUCGGGAUGCAGGAAAUGCGGCGGUAAACGUCGCAACGAACCCCAUUGACACCUUGAAGGAUGGCUACAACGCUGCUGCGAACAAGGCUGAAUGGUUGAGGAACAACGCAAUCUCGACCGUGGAGCAGGCCGUCGCGAUUCUGAGCCAAGGGUUCUCAGACUUUGGGGCCAGCUGCCCCCACAGUUCUGCGCCUUCGAUCAGAACAUUCAACUCUCAUGAGCUUAAAAUCUUCUUUGGGGAUCUCCGCUGCAAGAUCAGCCUGAUGGGGCAGUCGACCCCCUUGUUCGGACUCAACUUCGGCGAGCACAGAAUUGGCUUGCCGAGCCAGUUUAAAAUUCUCUUCCACGUGGGAUGGGAGCUGGUGGACACCUGCAGGGGAACCCACAACCACAUCGAGGUGACCAAGUGCCUUGCCAAAUCGCUUGCGAGAGUCAGUCCUCCAUUGGAUUUGCUUCCGUCGCAGAUGCGGAUACUUUAUCACCUAGGGUGGGAGCUGCAGAACACCUGCCACACCCACAACCACAAAGAGGUGACCAAGUGCCUUGCCAGAUCGCUUGCCAAGUUCAGUCCACCAGUGGACUUCCUGCCCGACCCGUUGAAGAAAGUUGCUAAUGGCCAAGUCUUGGAUCUUCUGCCUCAUCAACUGAAGAAAGUUGCCGACAACAAGAUCUUGGACCUUCUGCCCGAUCAGCUGAAGAUUCUUUUCCACCUUGGCUGGGAAUUGACUGGCAGCUGCAAGGGACACCACAACCACGUGGAGGUUACGAAGUGCCUUGCCAGCUCGCUUACGAAGGUAGGGAAGCUGGUAGACUUCCUUCCAGACCCGGUUCAGAAGGUCGCGAAUGGAAAAGUUUUUGACCUUUUGCCCGAUCAGCUCAGAAUUCUCUUCCACCUGGGCUGGGAAUUGUGGCACAGCUGCAAGGGAAAUCACAACCACGUUGAGGUGACAAAGUGCCUUGCCAGAUCGCUUGCAAAGUUCAGCCCUCCAUUGGAUUUCCUGCCCGACCCGUUGAAAAAAGUUGCCAGUGGUGACAUCAUGGGUCUCUUGCCGGGACAGCUGAACCAGAUUGCCAGCGGCAACAUCAUGGGGCUCAUGCCUGGGCCGAUGCAACUUCUCGGAGGUGGACAGCCGAAUUCCAUCCAAAAUAUGCUUACCUUGGGCGACACGCUCAUGGCGGCCGCCACAAGUGAGUUCCCAAAAGCUGGGGCCCCGGCCGUGGUGCACCAUCAAACGCCCAACUUCAUCAUCAGCAAGCACUCGCAGCAGGCCCCGAGAAACGCAGCCCUCUUGCAGCGGGACGAUGACGACGACGAGCCGCCGGCGGCGGUGAGUUGGAGCUUCAGCGACUACGGUCCCGAAAUCCGCUCCUUGGUCACUCAGUUCGACGGCAGGGAGACGUCGACGGGCUCCUGCCUGGCCUUUGCGCCCAGGAACAAGACGGGGAGCAACAACCAGGCGACCAAGGAGGAUUGGCAGGCUGCGAGUGAGGACGACUUUGUGAAGCUGGAGCCUUGGGCGGUUCCCUGCAGCAACAAGUGGAUGAAGGACAACUGGGACAAGUGGCAAGGCUACUCGUUCUACACCUCGGACGUGCACAUCGAGAAGUGUGUCACUGUGACCUUCCAGUUGAACAUGCAGCCUGUGGUGGCUUUCGUGGGCGGCAUCCAGUUCGACUUGCUGCCGGGGCCGCUGGCGGAAGUGAACACCCAAGUCUGCUGGCCGAAGACCCAGCCGGGUGGCCUCGACUUGAGCGUCCUGCGCUCCGAGAUCAAGUCCAACGGCAUCCUCCUCUUCAGCCGGACGCUGCGCCUCUCCAAGCGCUUCGGCGAGGACACGCACUUCAAGGCUUCGAACAUCAACGGAG